GCGCGCAGACGUCAGUGGCUCGCGACAGAACAAAGCGGGAGCAGAGGCGGCGGAGGAGGUUUAUUGACAGUAAACAAUCGCGAAAUGCCCCGAAUUUGAGAAGGGUGGGCAGUGUGAACACAAUGGCCACUCAGCGAGUUCUCCCACAGAGCAAAGAGACUCUUCUUCAGAGUUACAACAAGAGAUUAAAAGACGACAUAAGGUCCAUCUUGGACAACUUCACGGAAAUUAUUAAAACUGCGAAGGUAGAGGAUGAAACCCAGGUUUCCAGGGCAACCCAGGCAGAGCAGGACCACUAUGAAAUGCAUGUCAGAGCCGCCAACAUUGUGCGAGCUGGUGAGUCACUGAUGAAGCUGGUAUCUGACCUGAAGCAGUUCCUGAUUCUGAACGAUUUCCCAUCUGUAAACGAGGCCAUUAGCCUGCGCAACCAGCAGCUGCGUGCACUGCAGGAAGAAUGCGACAAGAAGCUCAUCUCCUUGCGGGAUGAGAUUGCCGUAGACCUGUACGAGCUCGAAGAAGACUAUUACUCCUCCAGGUACAAAUAGUGCCCCAGAGAGCCUGCACACCUGUAGCUGAGUUUCAUAAUGUUCAAUAUAUGUACAAUCGCAUGCACAGUACACACCUUUGUGCCUAAAGAAGAGCACUUACCCAUGAAUGUUCUGCAGAAAAGCACCUGCAGACAAUCUGUGAUCAUCACAUUUACCCUGUGUUGCAUUAAACACGCACAUGCCUUAGUGCCUUGGAUAUGAAUAGUUAAUUUUAUUAAGACUGUAAUGAAUUGUUGUAUCUGAAAUUUGAAUAUUUAAUAUAGGGCUCAAAUAUUACAUCAAGCUUUAAAAUAAAAUGUAAAUUGAUUAUACUUCUUUACUAAUUAUGUAAUUGUUUUUUCAUAAGAAAAGAGAUAUAGUUUAAUGUUCUGAAAUCUGGAAGAAGAAGAAUAUAAAAAAGAAAUAGUGUACCACAUGCCUUAUUUAAAAUAAGUUUCUUAUGUUUUGUAUUGAGAUUUAAAUAUUAAGAAUAUUUUAGUUAAUUCUAAGUUUAUCAAAUUAAACUUUAUCUGACAUGCCUACAACUUCCUGUCAUUUACCAAAGGCUAUAUUUUAACAGGUUGUGGAAUAAUAUUAUAUAUUUUAACUAUAAAUACAUUGUUUCAAAAGAAAAAAAAUGACCAUAGCAGCACUAAACCUUUUUUUUUAUUAUUAUUAUUGUUAAGUGGACACAAAUAUCAGACAUGCAAUCUUAGAAUACAGUUGCCAUCAACCUGCAGGCAUAUGAUGGUAAAUAAAAGUAAUCAUAACAAAAGUAAUAAAAUAUAUUAUAUUAUAUUAUUAUAUAAUAUAUAAUAAUAUAUAAUAUAAAUAUAUUAUUAUAUAUGUUUUAUUAGUACAUUGAAUUAUUUUUCAAUUUUGUACAUUUCCAUAUUUUUUAGUUUUCCACCUGGACUAGACUAAAGAAAACAGAGAAACAUAUUUCUGGAACUUUUGACUGGUCACACAUCUAUUAGAAAUCCUUACAAAAAGUUGAAGUAGGUUGUGUUUUUCUGUUUUUCCUUUUGUGAUUUAAAGUUGAGUAAGAUUUUAUGAGAAAAUUGUGGCAGCAAAAUGUCCCAUUUUAAAUGUGUGCUCAGUAACUGUCCAGUGGAAACAAUGUAAGAGUUUUGAUUAGUUUUUAAGAACAGGAAUAUAUAUACAUUGAAAUCUUGUAUGGCAACUCACAAAUGUGACAGGGAUCAUUCUUAAUGAUAAAAAAAUAUAGAAACAGACAAUCUGCAGGGUCAUAAUGAUUCAAUGCUGUGUUGAAAUUUUUGGUUGUUAUAUAAAGUGUAGAUGGACUGGAAUGUAAAGGUGUUUAUGUAGGUUUGUAACUGUGAAAUGUGUAAGUUUAUGUCAAAGCGCAUAUUUAAUAAUCAGUUGUGUCCUUAAACAUAACAACAAAAAAUCUUUAACAACAGGUUUGUUCAAAAUAUUGAGUUCUAUUAGAAUCCACUUUUUUAAUGUCUGUACGGUUUUAAAGAGAUUAGUUAUUUAAAAUUUUAUAGAUUGUGCAGUUUAAUAAAAUUAGCUUGAUCUUGCACUGGUAAUGUCCACAAUGUAUCCUUGCUUUUUUUUUUUUUUUUUUUUUUUUAAAGCAGAGAUUUUUUUUUUUUUUGCUUUUUGAACCAGAAACUGAGAAGCUCAGUGGUAGCUGUGAGUCAAUCCACUACUGUUCAAAAAUGUGUUUAAUGUUUCCUAUUUUUCCCCGUUCCAAUUGGUCAUGUUAAACUUUACAAAUAAAGCAGAAAGAAAAGAGACAA